UGCAGUGCUGUUGUCGGUAAACAAAUCAGCAGACAUAUUUGAGUGUUCUCAUCGGUUCUCAUCACGAUUUAUCAAAGCAGCAUUGAAAAAAUUUAAGUGAAGUUCGAAGAAAUGAAUGUUUUGUGUUCAGAAUCAAUGAAAAUCGAAGAGGAGGUCUCAGAUGACUCUGGAACGGCUGCCGUUCAUUCUCUCCCAACCGAACUUCUAGUCCUAAUAUUUUCUUGGUUGAGUGUCGAAGAUCUAGCCCUAAAUGUUUCCAAAGUAUGUCAGCGCUGGAAGGAUUCUUUGUAUUUCAGGACACUGUGGUGCGAUAAAGAACUAAUUUAUGAAAACAGCCGAGAAGAUCUUUUUAUAUUUGUAUUAAGUGUGGCUCCAGCCCUUAAACAGCUUAGUCUUAAUCCCCUUUUUUGUGGGGACCCUGCUGCCAUUGUUAAUGCUAUAUGCAAGGGACCUAAAGACAUACGGAAAGUUCACUACAAUUUGAGUUUGUUUCCUGCUGCCGUUGCUUCUCGCAUACUUGGUCAUUACAAAAAGUAUGUCUGUGAGUUGCACUUGGAGGGGUAUGCAAAUAAACAUAGUAGUAUUUAUCGGAAUCUUGAUGCUGAGCUGGGCCAAAUGUCCCAACUUAGAAGCCUAAAACUCUCUGGAUAUUUUGAUACCAAGUGGGAUAAAAAGGUUUUGGAAAGAGGAUGUUUGAACCUCCAUCACCUUGAUGUUAGCCUCAUUCAAGAUGAAUCUGACUCGUAUAAACCAUUUCUGGAUAAUGUGAAGUCACACCUCAAAACACUAAAACUUCCACAGUUUAAAUCAAAUGUCGGGGUCCUCGAACUAGUCUCAUCCUGCACUGAGCUGAAAGAAAUAACUUUAUGUCUAGAUGACUUAAGAUGUAUAAGUACUCUGCAAUCCUUAGAAUCAUUACAUAUUAGGUGGAGUGAUGGAGUUCUGAAAAGUAAAAUGAAUCGCUUUGUUCGAGAUUGCCCUGUGUUUGGAAAUUUGAAGGAACUGACAUUGUUCUAUAUACCAGGGCUUCUUGCGACAGCAAUAGCCAAACAAUGUAAUAAGUUAGAGACACUUAAUCUGCAUGGCAUUACAUCAUGUGCUAACAUUAUAAAAUCUGUUCCUUCUCUGCAGAAAUUAUGUAUAGUUGAUAGACUUAGUCUUCGCAUGAGACAUAUACAGAAACUUCCACGAUACAUUCCUAAUUUAAGGCAUCUUAAUGUGUUAGGAUCAUUCCUGAAUAAAGGAAUACCCCCAAAAAUUAUUUCUCAGCUAAAACAAGAGUUACCUGAACUUGUCAUCAGCAGUGAACCAUUUGUUAGGUACACAAAGCGUGGCAACAAAGGUUACUUUACUAAGUGCACUGAUAGUAGUACUGACUGCAGUAGUGAUGAAGCAUGAUUUCAUUGUGUACUCUGUACUUAGUGUAAUAUUGCAGGAGCUGUGCAAAUUGAGGUUUUUGCAUUUAAAUUGAAUUGGUCAAAAUCUCACAAAUUUUCUCUGCUCCAAAUCCUCAUUCAUUCGAGUCCACAUAAAUUCCAGUAAAUUAAGAAAGUUGAAUCCAAACUAUUAGCAAAGGUAAAAAUUCGGAAUUUGUUAUCACAUAUCAUAUUGAUUUAGUCGUUUGCUGAUGAUUACAAAGUUGACAGUUCCGCAAGUGGUCUAUAAUCUCUUAGUUUGUUGAUUCAAAGUGGAACAGAUGCAACUUAAAAUUGUUUAGCAUCAAAUCAGACAAAUACGAAAUCUGCCGAAUUUUAAUUGGGCCGAUUCGAUUUGAUUCAGUAUUGAACAAUUUGCACAGCUCUUAAUGUUGCCUUUGUUAAACUGCUUUUCAUGACUGUGAAAUAUGAUGUAAAAAGACUGACAAAUAAAUUGUUUUAUGACUGUUUGUAAUUAAGUGUAAUUGAACUAUGUAUGAUCUGAGUAAAUUACGUACUGUCAAUGA